CGCCGAACGGUUCGUUGCGCUCCUCAGUCGUCAUGUGGGCGCUCGGAACGGUCGUACGCCGACGGGACAGCUGCAGCAGUACGCGAACCGCGCGAUGGACAACCACGAAAAAACCGUACGUGACGCAAUAACGGCCGCGUUGUAAUUUAGUAUUUCUCGCGGAGUCCGGGACAAGUAUCCCGAGAAGCGCACGGGAAUUUCGAAAAAUCGUUAUACGCGUACAUUAACACGCGUUUUCCGUCGCGGUACAUUCUCGUGCCGUCGAUUUUCGUUUCGUUUCCCGGUCGUACAGCGGAUAACACGCGUACACAGUAUUGUCAACGUCUCGGGAACAACCGAGCUCGUACAGUUUAUAAUAAUAUAUUGUUGUGUUUUAUUGACGAUUUACCCGCACCGUUUUUUUGCGUAAGUACAAGCAUACAAUAUUGCGUUAUUAUUAUUUUAUUAAAACAAUUGAUGGUAAAUUAUUUGAACGGUUAGUGGCGAAGCGUUCCAUUGUAAUCGCCGUUUCAAACUGCAGCUAUAUUAUUGCAAUAAUAUUACGGAGUAACGAUAAAUCAACGCGAUUUUUAGAUACUGUCUAUAUAUUUACAUUGCAUAAUUCACUAAAGCAGGUGUCCACAGUUAAAUGUCAUUGUGUGUGCGAAACUUUUUAGUCGGACCAAAACUAUAAAAACGAAACUAUUUUAAUUUUGAAUCGAAAUUUGAACAUUUUGGGUAGUGUAGUAAAGGGUUGGUUAGGUUAAUUUCCAAUUCAAAUAUUGGUUUAAAAUAUCCAUUUCAAAUCUUGCGUAUAAAAUAAUAGAGAGUUGGUCUUCAACUCGAGUUUGUCUAGUGUUUUUGAGUCGAGUCGAGUAGUCGAUUUUUGAAAUUGACUCGAAAAAAUUAACACUUUAUUCGACUCAACUCAAUUUCAAAAGAACAAAACAUGCUCAACUCUAUAAAAUACUGAACAGGUAUCGAUUCGUUUUUAAAACAAAAUAAUACAUUUCAAAGUAUAAUAUAAUAUAUGCUUAUUAUAUAUAUAUAUAUUAGUAUUAGAACACGUUUUUAAACCUUGUUACCCCUAUACAGUUUUAAUUAUAAAAAAAAAAUUUGCAGCAUAUGCUAUAUCGCAUAUUCAAAUAUUGGACAAAAUCAUAUAGUUUUGUGUUUUUUAUAUUACACGUUUUGGCAAACGGUGCAGUACAAAUGUGCAGAAGCAAACAAAAUAUUUUAACUUGGCCCUUCGCUGAUCACAAAAUACUUAAAGGUAACAUUAUAUUACGAUAUUGAACAGGCAACCAAUGUUUGUUUUCUCCCCGUGGAUGAGAAUCGAAAAAAAAAAAAAGCACAAUCAUAAUCUAAAAAUAAUCGAGGUAUGUAAAGUAUAAUAAUACAAAUCAAUAUUCAUUAUUUUUAUUAUAAAUUGCAAAUUAUCUUUCUUGUCUAUAUUGAAAAAUACAAAAUUGACUGAGUAAACAAUUAUAAGUAAUAUGUUUUUGUAGCACCCGGUAAUUUGAGAUAUCUAAUAACCAUGCACAUUUUAAGUCUCUGUAUUAUACGACAUUACGAUCUGAAUAAUGAUUUGUAUGAAAUAAUAAUACCGCAUAUACCCACUUGUAGGGAACAGCGAUUGGUGUUUUGAUAAAUAUAAAUUAAUUUUUAAGCAUACAGUUUUCAUAAAUUUUAAUUUAACAAAUCUUAAGAGGAGUCAGAGUAACGUUCACCACCUCUGUCUAUCAAACAGGCAAUAUAGUAAAAAUGUCUGUUCGUACUUUCAAUAGUACUCAAAAUCCUAAUAAACUUAUUUUAACCAAAUUAAAGGCAAAAAUAUUUACUACGCCUUCAAAGGAGGAAUUUCUUGAUACAUAUUCAUUGUACAAUUUUCUAUAAAGAAAAAAAAAAUUUUUUUUCUAAAUUUUGAAGUACGAAUAGUUUAUCCGGAAAAUAAAUACCAACAAGGUAAUCUUCUAGUGAAAGAUUACAGUAAACGUUGUCUUUAAUUUGGUGAAAUCAUUUUUGUUUUAGGUCUGUUAUAGAUACCGAGUAUACUAUUGGAAGUAAGAAAACACAUUUUUGCUACAUUGCUCAUUAAAUAGAUAGAGACGGAAAAAGUUACUGCUGCGCCCCCUUAACAAGGUUAAGUUAAGUUAGGUUGUACUCAGUUGUGUUGUAAUACGCGACUAUUGAAAAAAAAAAAUUGAAUUCGUUAAUAAAAUUAUCAACUGCCCAAUAAUAAAAUCGAAUGCAUUUAAUUCACUGCAAUGGUCGUUGUAAUCAUACUCACUUACUCACUAAUACAAUUAUUAAAUGUACGACAUUGUUAAAUUAUUGAUCGCAAUAAUAUAUAUUAUUCGACUACAGGUACGAUAUUAUAACGUUGGUAAUUUCAUGUUUCAUGAACAUUUCAAAAACUAUUAUUUAGUUUUUCAAAAUUAAAUAUUAUACCAUGUUUGAUCUACAUUAAUUGUUCAUUAAUUAUACAGUUAGUUGCAUUAUUGUAUAGUAAAAUAUUUUCAUUUUAGAUUCUAAACGGAGCGAGGAAUGUAUUGGUUGUACAAUGAUGUUUAUUUAUUUUUUUUUAUCUGUGAACCAUUUUUCUACCAGAAAUUUUGCUACGGUUUUCAAGUGUGGCACUUUUUCUGAAAAAAAAUCUGACCAGCGUGAUAUUUUAAAGAGGUCGUUUAUUGAUUUUCCCAGGGAUUUUCAUAAUAAAUCGGAAAAAGCUGGAAAUUUUACGAAGUAUAUUAUUUUCAAAUCGUAAAUAUUACGGUCUUUCAAAACAUGUGUAAUCAAACUCCGCUCAAAAUUGUUUUUCGUUAGAAAAUAUGUAUCGUUACGAAGAUGUGUAGGAACAUUAAAUUCGCCUCUCUAUAUCCUACUUUCCGAAUUGCUCACUUACAACAAUGGCCCACCCAUCGCGCGAAGUAUGUCCGUAUCUUUUUUAUUUUUAAAAUAUUCGAGCGGUUAAAUGUUUUUGGCAUUUAUCGUUUUAGUAUUAUACAUGUAGUUUAUAACCUUAAUGUAACGAUAUUAUCUCUAUAUACGGUUUAUAUAAUUGAACCUAAUUGUACUAAUAGGCACCUCAUUGUCGCGACAUGAAUUAUGGUUUAAAUUUAUUUCACGUAAUACAAAUUGAAAUUGUCAAAAUUUUAAAAAUGGCCAUUGAAAAUUUCAACGGGAAAAAAACGUAAACUUCUACUUAUGCUAAUAAAUUAUUCGUCACUGUUGAAACAUGUUUGACGAUAAAGGUGAAUAUUAUAAUACGAGUAUAUUAUCAACUAAAAAAUCGUUACGGUAUAAUAAUUUACAUUGCCACUAUCUCAUAGCGCCGUCGAUGACAAGCUCCUAACGCCUAGCUCAUUAUUGCUAAACACGCCGCUCGAUGGGCAUACAGUCAUAAUGUUCGUGUCGAGUCUAUUAGCAAUAACAUUUUUUUGGCACCUCACUACAUAGACUAUAUAGGUACGCCAAGGGUAUUAUAAUUUAAAAUAAAGUUCGUUUUUAUUUUCCGGUCGACAAACCACUAGAAAAAUACAAUACCUUAUGUACGUCCUCAAAACACCGAUGACCAUUGAUUAUUCAUAUUUGAUUCGAAACGAUAAAAAAAGCCUUUCGAAAACUUAAAAACAAAUGUUUGAAAUAAUAUUGUACAAAAAAAAACUAUAAUCGAGAAAACUGUCAUUGUUCGAAAUAUUAAGCGGACGGAGUAAACGACCAUGAAAAAAAAAAAAUGACCGUUUAUAAAAGGCCUUUUUAAGUUCAUGCGAUAAAAAUCUAUUUUAGGGUUCUUUGUAAAAUAUAUAAUACCAGCUACUUCAGACUGUCAGAAAAAAUCACAAACGAUUCGGUUUUAUAGAUGUGAACGAUUUGGCGGAUAAACUUUACGAAUCGUUUCAAAUAAAUAACAUAUUAUUUGUAUGAGGAUUUGUAUCGAGAGAAAAAAUAUAAAACUAAUAAUAUAUAGACAUGUUAUAAUCACGAGUCUGAAAGGAAAAAACCAUAAGUAUAGAUAAUCAGAAAAGUCGUAAAAGGUUAAAGUUAUACACGGUCGCGUGCCAAAAGCUCAUUUUAGAAAUUAUUUCACAAAUUUCGUAAGGAAAUCAAAAUAAUCAAAUACCUAGUCGGCUGUUUGUAUACAUUAUUAUAUAUUUUAGAAUUCGUGUACACAAUUUGACAAAUGUUAUGUUUAUACCUGCUGGUGUAUACGUCAUUAUAAUAUAUUUUCGACAACAAUAAUACUGUCAGCAAAAAUUGCCCAUACACGCGUAUUUCGUUGUACAUUUUACCGAUAUCAUAUCUAUUUUGUACAAUCAUACUGUUAAAUGUUACGUAUGUAUAGUUAAUUUGUAUAGUGUUUGCACAAUUUAUCGUGUUGGUCGGCGCUGUUUAUACUAUAAUUUACUUCGAAUCGAGAAAACGCAAUAAAAAUCAUUAUUUAAAAGCCAGACAUAUUCAAUGGGUAAGUCAUCAGUCAUCAAUGUUAUAAGCGUGAAGAUGUAAUAAUAUAUAAUUAAAAACACUGAAAGCAACGAUGAACCGACCACCCGCCAGUUAUCUGCGGGUACCCGUAUUACAAACGAUUCUGCGCGGAGUUCGAUAAACUGGUAAAAAUUUGAAUCUUUUAAAGUAGACACUUAUACCGGGUGAUUCAUUUAAGUCAUGAAUGGGUAUAAUAAUCAUAAUGGUUAUACUCAUUAUCUCGGAAAGUAUUAACGUUUUUCGGAAUUUGUUUUCUAGACAUGCAAGAAAUAAGCAGCUCUACAAUUUUAUAUUUAUGUUAAUUUUUGUCACCCUUAGUUUUGGGGAUAAAACCACUAUCUACUUUUGAUUUUCAAAUAACAACCUAUAUUAAAAAGUCCAUAAAUAGAAGGAGCAGUAUUUAAAAUAAAUUUUAGUGUUGACAUUUUUGAUUUCCGUAAAGUCGUUUACGAGAUAUUCCACUUUUAAUUUUAGGUUGGAGGAGAGUAGUGGUGCAUUAUUAACAUGCUACCGUACCGCCACACUAAUGGUACUCCACUACUCUCUUCCGACCCAAACUUAAACGUGGAAUCGUCAACGGAUUGACGGAAAUUAAAAAUUUCAAUACUAAAAUUUAUUUUAACCAGUACUCCGUUUAUUUAUAGAAUUUUUAAUAUAGGUUUGAAAAUCAUAAGUAGGUAGUGGUUUUACCCCCGAAAAUGAUGGAUCGAAAAUUAACAUAAAUAUAAAAUUGUAGAGCUGCUUAUUUCUCGAAUGUUCUAGAAAACAAAUUCCAUAAAAAAUUAAUACUUUCCGACAUAAUGAGUGUACCCGCUUAAAUGAAUCGCCCGGCACUGCAAGAAAAAAUCCGACCAUUUUUACGAAUCGAAAAAUCGAUUUUCCGUAAAGCACACGUCCCAUACAGUUACACUACAAUGCCUAGUUACUUCGUUAUACUCGGAAUUUAAAAUUGGUAAAAAAAUAUUAACUAUUUUAAUUAGGUCGGCGGGCGAAUAAAUGAUGAAAACUAAACGUGCCUAUAUCGAAUGCCGUUUUGUAAAGAACGUAUUCGCUAAAUUGUCACAUAUUGUUUUUAAUAUUAUAUGUUAUGCGCGGGUGCGACACGUGUGUAUUAGUUAUUAGUUCCGGCGACAAUAUUAUAUAUUUAUAACGUCAAGACCGCGACGGUAUUUAUAUAUUAACGAUAAAUUGUUCUUAAAAGCUCACACACAUGAUCGACCUCGAAAGCACACACCUGCAACGAGGGCUGGAUGGCGAAUUCUCUCGACUCGUGUCCGAACACGAUUUAUUGUGUCCGGAGAGAUUAUAUUGUAAUACACCGACCUACCUACGCACUAGUCUUGUUUCGGCCGAAACGUGUGUUCGGCAGUCCAGAAGAGAUUACCAUCGUAUAAUUUAUACCAUAUUAGAUAGUUAUUUUGCAAAAAACCCCCGAUGGCACGCGACAAUAUCUGCCACCCAGCCGGCCUGAUCGCAGCGAACACUUAAAUAUUAUACGAUAAUAUUUUAUUUAUUGGCACCUGCCGUUUUACCUGCCAAUUACCUGCACUGACGUUAUUACAUUUCAGUAUGAUAGACAUAGAAGAAAAAUGCACCAAGUUGAACGAAUACGAACAACCAAAAUCAUCACCGCAACCGCCUCACCGCGAACAGAGGGAAGAAUGGGGCCACAAGUUGGACUUUUUAUUCUCGUGUAUAAGCGUGUCGGUCGGCUUGGGUAACGUAUGGAGAUUUCCAUAUUUGUGCUAUAAACACGGCGGAGGUGAGUAGUUUUUAUUUAUUUUUAUGGUGUAUAGUAAUAAUUAAAUAAGUCAUACCUAAAUCUAUAAAGUCACCGUUUAGCUAGUACGCGUUUUGAAAUACCUACUAAAAAUUAUACGACUAAACUCAUUACAUUAAAUUAUUUUACAUAGAUUCGGAUCGGAUUCUUAAAACAAUUUUAUGUAUAGCUACAUUUAGACACACUAAAAUUGACUGAAGGGUAUUGGAAAAAAAAAAAUAUAUAAAAAACAUAUAAAAUCCAAAAUCAGCACUAAAAAGUAAAAUCAAUUACCUAGUGUACUUAUAGGCAAUAAUCACUAAAUAUUAUUUACUUGUAUUAUAUGAAUCAUAUUUUUAUAACAGUCGAAAAUUUAUUUUGAACUAAUAAAAAAUAAUUAAAAUUAAUGCCGUCCAAAUCCGUAAUCUAUUAAUUAUAGUUCAAAAUUGUAUUUUCGUGUCUAGUGAAAUAUCGUUUCCGCUAUUUUAAUUACAGACAUUAAAAAACAGAUAUGGGUUAAAAACAGUUCCAACAACUUUUUAAUACCAGUUUAGGCAGUAAAUAGAGUUUAAAUCAAAAUAACUGUUUUAUAUUAUAUAUCGAACAUUGGUAAAAUUGUUAUUAUUAAAUUUUUUUAUUAAAACAUAUAAACUAUUAAAAUAUCCUUCCGCGUAUGUAGAGCUAAUAUGAUAAAUAAUAGGUACUCACCCAUAAUUGAAUAGGUAAAAUGUGUAAUUAUAUGAUUUUACCUAUGGCAAUUAUAAACCGACAGUACUAUUAAUAGAGUUGGCUACAUUAUUGUAAAAUGUCUAUCCUAUAAUACCUUCGUGUUGACAUUGUCAGUCUAGAAUCGAUUAAACAUGGAUGAUCUAUUGUUCACAUAAUAUUAUCUUAUCGAUGUCCAUAAAACAUCAUGGAAUAUUUUAUUUAUAAAAUAUUUGUUUAAACCUUAUAAUUUCUUGAUAAAAUACAACCUUGUUAAGUAUUCGAAUAUUUGUAUUUAAAUACUUUAGAAACACAUUUUUACAGAUACAUUUUGGUUACUUAUAAACAAAUAUUUUAUCGUUUUUAUAUUCCAAAAUAUUAAGUACUUUGGUUGAUUUUUUCACGAUCUUAUAUUUUUAUUGUUUCUAAAAUAAUAUUUUAUAAUAGUUUUAAAAAUGUGUAAUAAGAUUUCAUCAAAACUGAUUGUUAUAACUCAAUAACUCAUUAUAAUAAUAUAAUCUACUUAGUUAAAAUCAAUUCAAUAAACUCAUUUAGUAAUAUGAAUAAUUAAAUCAUUUGUUAAUAUGCAAAUAUGAAAUUCAUUAACCCGUUUAAAUUAAAUCAGUGUUUAUUUGUAAUAUUUUAAAUGCAGAAAUCGAUCAAAGCAUAUCUGUAUUGAAAAAGAAAGUAUUUUGAAUAUUUUUGUAUUAUUAUUUGUAUUUAUGUUCAAAUACUUAAAAAAAAAAAAAAAAACAUUCGAAUACAACUUACACAAGUACUAAAACACGUAUACUGAAUAAAUUAGAAAAGUAUUUCUAACAAGACUGAUAAAAUAUUAUGAUAAAAGAAACACACAAUUCGAUUAUUUUUGUGUUAUUCGAUAAUUUUAAAGUCCAUAUAUCAAUAGGAGGUACCUAAUUAUCAUUUGUAUUUUGUAAUGUUUAUUUUAUUAAACAGUUUAAGUUUUGUCAUUUCAGACUAAUUAUGAAAUUCUCACGUCAGCGGUACAGGUUUAUAUAUUUAGUCACUAGCUAAUAUUAUUGAAUAGUAUAUUGAUUAGAUACUUCUGGCAUUCUUAGUGAUGGUAGCGUUUUUGACGCCGGAUUUGAGACAAUACCUAUUGGUCGCAAAUAUAAAUAGUUCUCCACCAGCCUUAGGUACCACUGGUAAUUUGCUAUUAUAAUAAAAAAAUAAAACCAUUGACACACCUAUUAUGACGAAUAAAAUGUAAAAUAUAUACGUCACGUACUGAUUGGAUAAUAACCGAUUAUUGUAUGGAAGGACAAUACAACAUUAAUCGUAAUAAUAUUAUUCUGGGCAAAAAAGUCGACUCCAAUAAUAAACCAUUAAUUCAUAUGCGUAUGUAUUUAUACAAUAAUCAGUAUAUUACAUGGAUCAACAUGCUAAUUUUCUGAUACAGUAAUCUAUUAUACCAAAGUUUAAUUUAAUUUAAUAUGUAAACCAAACUUAAAUCUUACAUAUUUAUAAUUUUGUGUGUAUCUCACUCCGUGAAUUAUAGUUAAUCGUUUAUACAUUUAAUGCCUAAUAAUAACUAUUUAUGUGCCAUAACAAAAAUAAUAACAUAGUAAGAAAAAAAAAACAAUUUUUUUUAAAGUGAUGGCGCCAACCUUAAAACAAAAGCUUGUGGCUGGGUGCAGCAAAUUCUAAAUAUACAGAGUAUUCUACAGUGUUAUCCCUAUGCUAAAAACUCUGUUAUUAUUUUUUUUUAAAUAAUUAGAGGAUGAAAAUAAAAAUUCAAUUUUCUCUACUUAUGUCCCCUUCGCACAAAACACGAUUGAAAUAAAAAAUGUAAAACAAAAUUAAUAUUAAGGCAUUUUUUAUUGUAAUAUUCAGAACUGUAAUUGUUUCGUAAAAAAAAAAUAAUAAUACUAAUAAUACUAAUUUCUUUUAAAUUGUUAGUACUAUAUCGUUUAAAACAUUUCAGGGGCAUUUUUGGUGACAUAUUUUAUAGCCAUGGUAUUUUGUGGUGUACCGAUUUUUUUUCAAGAAGUUGCCAUCGGACAGUUUUUGGGUACCGGCGGAAUGACGCUGGUCGGAAAGCUAUGUCCAAUACUCACUGGUAAAAUUUCUAUUUGUUUAUUUAUAGUACUGUUAUAGCGUUUUAAUGCAUUUUACUACAUUUGAACUAAGUAUUUUAAUUUUAAUCAGCAUUAAGAACGAUGUCAUUACAAUAAUAUUAUGGCACAUUGUUUGCAGGAACAGGAUACGCAACGAUGACAAUUGUGUUUUUACUGGACGUAUAUUACUGCGUCAUUGUUGCUUGGACGUUUUUCUACUUGGCAAGUUGUUUUAUAUCAUUUCCAACCUUACCGUGGGACAGUUGUAGUAAGAUUCAGUAAAGAUGUACUUCGGAGUCACUGUUCUUGUAUUCAAUAUUAUAUUUAUGAUUUUGUUAUAAUAUUUUAUGUUUCAGAUAAUUGGUGGAAUACAGAAAAUUGUUUAAAACCAACUGGUGGUAAUUCGACUUUAAAAUUUUUCUGGACGGACACAAUAAAAGGAAUGUUCAACACAUCCUUGACGCUCAACGAUAAUCUAAAAUCUUGGAAUACGAUUUACUUUAACGAAUCAUACACGGCGAGCGAUAAGUUCUUUAAAAACGAUAGUCAACUCACGGCGUUCUGUCAUACACUUAAGUCCCUAUCUGCUGAAGGUCUAAAAAAUUUUUCCGACACCGAAACAAAUAAAUCUUCCAUCCUUUCAGUUCCCGAGAAAAGUAUAGAAUUUUUAAAUCAACUCCGAAGCUGUUUUAACGGGACUACAGUCACGCCGGCUGAAGAGUAUUGGGAGUGAGUUGCGAUGAGAAGCAUUCAGGGCUGUCUUAAACUAUGCAGGGGCUUUUGGGCACACAACAUUUGGGGGCCUUUUAGAAGCCAAAAGAACAUGAAUGAAAAACCAAUAUUAAUUUUUGUUUAAUGACCUAUGGGAAAAUAAUAUCUUUUUAAUCUUACAUAGAUAUUUAAUAUGUACAUAGACUUUUAUAAACGAUAUAUUAAUUGUUAAUUAACUAUUAAUAACAGUUAAUAAUAAGUAAUAAUUGUGUAGCCGCCAGCCGCUGCAGUAGUCUGUACAGCGGUCACCGUGUUUAUUGCAUGUAUAAAGAGUAAUUGACGGUUUUGAAACAAUUAAAUUUUGAGUCAAUAUAAUUUACUAUGUUUUAAAAUUAAAACAAAGCAUUUAAGUCUGACAGUAAAAUAUUUAGUUGAAAAAAGUCACGUCAAUACGUUUUAACGUAAAGAUGAAAAUUAUUUUUGUCGGGGCCCCCAUCAGGCUGGGCUCGUACCCCACGUGUCCUUAGUGUUAAAACGUUUCAGGAUGCAUUAUUUAUUUAAUAUAUUUAUCGCUAAAUGCUCAUGGAUUAUGUUAUACCGAUUAGGAGAAGAGUGCUCAUGUUGACCAGUGGUAUUGAAAAUAUCGGCGGCAUGCAGUGGGAACUGUUGUGCUUAUUAGGAUUGUCGUGGAUCUUGAUUUACAUUAUUUUGGGCAAAGGUCUCAGUCAAAGUGGAAAAGUAAUAUUUAAUAUCUGACAUAUCAAUUAUUUUAUACUUAUAUAUGUAUAACAACAGUGGUUAUUUCCAACAGAUCGUGUGGUUCAUAGCGAUGUUCCCAUACCUGAUAAUGGGUUCGUUACUAAUAAGAGCGGUGACGUUGGAAGGUGCCGACGAGGGCAUUAAGUUCCUGAUAACCCCAAAAUGGGAGAGUCUCAUGAAUUCGGAUACUUGGAUAGAGGGAACCACGCAGAUUUUUUUUGGAUAUAGUGUAGGCGUGGGUACCCUGCCGGCACUCGGAUCGUUCAAUCGAUUCAAUCACAACUGUUACAGGUUUAUAAUAUUAUAAUACUUAAUAUCUACCGGCUUCCUAGCCAGUAUACCUACUUAACUAUAGAGGAACACGAGCAAAAUGUGUCACGAAAAAAUUAAAACAAAACGAUUUUUUAUACAGAGACGCGGUUUUGACCUGUGUUAUCAACACGCUCACGUCAAUCAUACCGAGCGUGAUAACUUUCAGCAUACUGGGUUUUAUCGCCGCGUCCCAGGGUUCCACGGUCAGCGAUGUAGUGGAAAGCGGCCCCGGCUUGGUGUUCAUUACGUACCCUCAGGUGGUGCUGCAGUUGCCCGGCGCCAGGAUUUGGGCGGUCGUGUUCUUCGUCAUGCUCGCUGUAGGUAUGGCCGUUUUUAACUGCCCGGUUAUUGCCGUGUUCCGUGCGAAUAAAAUGCGUUUUUUCGAUAUAUUUACAUUGUUAGAUGAUUGGCAUCGACAGCGAAUUUUGCAACGUCGAAUCGUUCAUAACGGGUCUGACGGACAAGUGGCCCAAAUACUUACACGCCAAACGGAAAACAUUUACAUUACUGGUGUGCGUGUUUAUGUUUGUAUUGAGUUCGUCCAUGGUGACUAACGUAAGUAUGAUGGUUGUUUUCGAUUAUAUUUCGCAUAAUAUUAUUGAACGUUUUAAACUCACCGGCAGGGCGGAAUGUAUAUAUUUCAAUUGAUGGACACGUAUUCCGCGUCGGGAAUAUCGUUGCUUUGGGUGUGUUUCUUUCAGACAAUAUCGAUUUCGUGGUUUUUCGGAGCCGACCGAUUUCGCGAAUGCGUCAACCAGAUGCUCGGUUUCCGACCGAAUCUGUUUUGGUACAUCUGUUGGGUAUACCUCGCGCCUUUCGUCAUGAUAGUGAGAUAUUUGUUUGCAAUACUCGUAUAAAUUAUGGUUUGUGGACAAAUUAGACUAAAUUUGAUAUUUUCACAGACGGUGUUUAUAUUUUACGUCAUCAAGUACCAACCGGUCUCAUACGGAAAUCAUUACACGUAUCCGUGGUGGGGCGAAGGGUUGGGAAUAAUAAUAUCCUUGAUGUCCAUGGUCUGGAUACCGUUGUAUGCUGUAUACUACUUGAUAACGGAACCGGGGACUUUAAAACAAGUAGGAUUAAAUGUUUUUCCAUGGUAGUAUUUUAAAAAAAGAUGUUUUGUCUCUGAACAUACCUCGUUAAUGGGUACUUCAGUAUUUACUUGAUAAUUUUCAACUAAAAUCGCUUGUACCUAGAUUCAGUGGCGCCGAACAUGUACAUUAGGUGGUUAUCUAAGUAGUGGGUAUAACUGGUAUAGUUAAGUAUAAAACAUUGUAUAUUUUACAAUUAAUACAAGGAGAAGUAGACAUAGUAUUAAAAAUAACGUGAACUAUAGUCUAUUCCUAAACUGUCGUAGCGUGUACUGUGUGAUUUCAUGAGUACAAGCAAAUAGCUAUUUAACUAUAACUAUUUAAUUAAUAGUUUUACGAUGAACAACCAAUAGUAUCUAAUAUAUUUUUAAAUAUACAACAACGGCUAUGCCACCCACGACUUAGGUUUAAUACCGUGUAGAGGCAUAUGGGUAUAAAUUACUGCUUAUUGCCACACAUAUAAAAAAUUAGGUCUGCGCCACUGUCUACACGGGCAGGACCCAUUUGGACCAAUUUUGAAGACCCGUUUGGGCUAAAAAAUAAUACUUUUAUACAGCCCGUUUGGACUAGAAUAUUCCUUAUAUUAGUUUUACCGGGCGUUUAUUUAGCGAGCCUUUAUGUGUAGUAGUAUUUUAUCUGUGUUGUCUUAUCGUAUAUAAGACUUUGAAACACAGAUAUAUAUUAUAAUAUAAAGAUAAUGGAUAUAGGCAUAUAUUUAAUAUAAUUGAAUUGUCGGUAUGUUUUAAAACUAAAUUGAUACAUAGAAAUUGUAUGUAAACCUAAAUAAUUUACUUAUUACUUAAUUUAAAAACUAGUUUUCGUAGUUUAACUGAACGUUUAUUUAGCUAGUCUUUAUAGAAAUUUAAAAGUAUUGGUCCAAACGGGUUCACUAAAUUCUGGUCCAAACGGGUUGCAGUUUUAUCAGUGGUCCAAACGUUGCUGGUCCAAACGUGCUUCGCCCCCCUAGAUAGCUAGAUCCCUAAAUGGCGAUUGUCCUCUCAGUAGUGGAACGGUGUUUGUUAAAAUUAAAUUAAAUUUUCAUUACAGAAACUCGUACGAGGCGUUACACCCGUGCCUGAAGUCAAUUCCAGAAUAAAGUUAAAACGGGAAACUAAGAAGAUGAUCGACAAAAGAAUGAGUUUACAGCUAAUGGAAUGUAAUGCGUUAGUUUACUGCGACAAUAAUGAUGUGAAAAAUAUUCAAUAAAAUUAGUAUUAUAGUUAGUUAUAGGGUUCAAUAUUCCAUUAUAAUUAAAUCGAUAUUGUAUCGAUGUAUUUAUUAAAUAUAUUUAAAUUUUAAACCGUUAAUUUUGUUAUACGAAUAAUAAUAAUUAAGAUAUAGGACCUAUAUAGUAAUAUUGAAUAAAUAUCUAUAUUUUUGAAACGGAAUGUAUUGUUUCAUUCAUUAUUGUAGUGUUGAUUUUUCAAAUCACAAUAGCAUCUCGCGUG